AACCUAAACAACCAAAUGGGCCAGCAGUGGAGUAACCUAAAAAUGAUUUUGUUAUGAAUCAAAUCACAAAACAAGUGCUUCACCACCCACAACAACGUAAAACCCUUAACCACCACUAAAUCCAGCAACGUUAAACCCUCCACCACCGCCAUCGCCACCACAAUAAUUCAUAAUGCAAAUUAUCCAUUAUCAUCUUCAUAUCAUUCAAUCGGCAAUACACUCACUCAGGUACCUCUAAACCUUCAAUCAAUCUGUUCCUCUCAUCUAGGGUUUGAUUGAAUUCGAUCAAAUUAUUAUGAUUCCCAUCUGAGAUUCGAAAAUAUGUUAUCUUUGCGCCUUGGGCGCAGAUUAAGAACCUACACCACCAUUUCAGCUUCCAUUACAUCCUCUAAUAACAUUACUUUGACCGCAAACGAUAUCAAAAAACCCCUAAUUCUAGAGGAGCCUGCUUUAAUUAAGCUUAAGGCAGAAAGAAACCCUAAAAAGUUAUUUCAUUUGUUCAAAGAAAAUGCUCAUAAUCGCCUUGUAAUCGAAAACCAAUACGCCUUUGAGGACACCGUUUCCAGGCUGGCUGGGGCGGGCCGCUUUGAUUACAUUGAGGAAUUGCUUGAGCAGCAAAAGAGUCUGAGGCAGGGUCGCCGCGAAGGGUUUGUGAUGAGGAUUAUUAUGUUGUAUGGGAGAGCUGGAAUGGUUAAACAUGCGGUUAAUACGUUUAAGGAUAUGCAUUUGUAUGGGUGUAACCGCACGGUUAAAUCGUUAAAUGCUGUUCUUAAGGUUUUGGCGCAGACGGGGGAUUUGGAAGCUUUCGAGUCGUUUUUUGGCGAUGUUCGGUGUCAGUUUGAUGUUAAGUUGGAUGUGGUGUCGUUGAAUAUUGUGAUAGAUGCGUUUUGUCGAAUGGGUAUGGUGGAUAAAGCGUAUGUUUUGAUGGGAGAGAUGGAAAAAUCGGGGAUCACGCCUGAUGUGAUCACGUAUACGACCUUGAUAUCUGCUUUUUAUAAGUUGAAUCGAGCGGAAAUCGGGAAUGGUAUUUGGAAUCUUAUGGUGAUGAGAGGUUGUUUACCGAAUCUCGCAACUUUUAAUGCCAGGGUUCAGUUCUUGGUGUCUAAAGGACGGGCAUGGCAGGCUAAUAGUUUAAUGGGUAUGAUGCGUUAUCUAGGAAUUACGCCUGACGAGGUUACGUUUAACUUGGUGAUAAAAGGGUUUUGCAGAGCGGGUUACAUUGAUAUGGCUAAAAGGGUUUAUUCUGCUUUACAUGAUGAGGGUUACAAGCCCAAUGCUAGAAUUUACCAAACAAUGAUGCAUUAUUUAUGUAAAGGUGGUGAGUUUGACAUGGCGUAUACGAUGUGCAAGAACAGUAUGGAAAAGAAUUGGUUUCCGAGUGUCGAUAGUAUUUAUCAACUACUUCAAGGGCUGCAUACUACUGGGAAGAUUGAUAAAGCUAGGUUUAUUAUAUCUUUGUUGCAUAAAAGGGUACCUUCGUUUUCUGCAAAACAGUUGAGAAUCAUGGAAUCGUUCUUGAAAAAGAGUUGACAUUGUUCUAGAAAAAUCAGUGUUCUUUGUACAGUUUUCAAAACAGUUAAUCAGAGAUUCGUUGAUGAUGGAUAAAUAUCCACGAGAAGAGAUAGUCUUAGCAUGUUAGGUGAAUUUGUUGUACCAUCUUAAUAAGAUUUUUGAUGGAGACUUACUUGAGAAUUUUGACCAUAUUCAACUUGAGGUCUUAAAAUUUGUUCUUUUCACUCUUUUCUUUUAUCCAAAUGACUUAACGUUUAUGUA